AUGGCAUAUCACCCAUAUACCAAUGGGCAAGUUGAAGUGUCCAAUCGGGAAAUCAAGCAAAUCCUAGAGAAGGUGGUGAACCCUAGAACGAAUGACUGGUCCCCAAAGCUGGACGAAGCACUCUGGGCUUAUCGAACGGUUCACUUGUUUAACUCGAGGCUUAAGCUCUUCCCGAGAAAACUGAAGUCACGACGGUCAGGACUAUUUGAAGUACACCUUGUUUACCCUCAUGAUGUUGUGGAUAUCAAGAAUAUAGAUGAUGGAUCUGUUUUCAAAGCCAAUGGCCAGCGUCUGAAAGCUUAUCAAGGAGUUUCACCCAUGCGUGACAAAUCUGCACUCCUCUUGCACGAUGUCGAAACUGGCUAA